AUGGCCAAGAAAAAUCUUAGGGAGGAGGAGUAUUUGGAGCUCCUUUUAGUAAGUAGUGAUGAAGAAGAGCCUUUUACAGUUACCUUUGAGACAGACAGUGUCCAGGACGACCUGCACGACGCCCAAACCUGGCUGCGUGAGGGACAUGAGGUUCAGCUUUUGGCUGCUGAACAUGUGGAAGAAAUACCUGAAGAGAUACAAGAUUUGGCUGUCUCGCACGCAGUUCGUUUGCAUUCCCUUGUUCCUGUGCCUCCUGUAGUAUCUCCUGUGCCUCCUGCAGAAUCUCCUGUGCCUCCUGCAGAAUCUCCUGUGCCUCCUGCAGAAUCUCCUGUGCCUCCUGCAGAAUCUCAUAAAUCUCCUGUGCCUCCUGCAGAAUCUCCUGUGCCUCCUGCAGAAUCUCCUGUGCCUCCUGUAGUAUCUCCUGUGCCUCCUGCAGAAUCUCCUGUGCCUCCUGUAGUAUCUCCUGUGCCUCCUGCAGAAUCUCCUGUGCCUCCUGCAGAAUCUCUCUUUGCUCCUGCAGAAUUUCCUGUGCCUCCUACAGAAUCUCCUGUGCCUCCUGGCAGGAAUCUCCUGUCCUCCUUAUCUCCUGUGCCUCCUGCAGAAUCUCCUGUGCCUCCUGCAGAAUCUCCUGUGCCUCCUGCAGAAUCUCCUGUGCCUCCUGUAGUAUCUCCUGUGCCUCCUGCAGAAUCUCCUGUGCCUCCUGCAGAAUCUCCUGUGCCUCCUGCAGAUCUCCUGUGCCUCCUGCAAGAAGCUUCCCUGUGGCCUCCUGCAGAAUCUCCUGUGCCUCCUGUAGUAUCUCCUGUGCCUCCUGUAGUAUCUCCUGUGCCUCCUGCAGAAUCUCCUGUGCCUCCUGUAGUAUCUCCUGUGCCUCCUGUAGUUUAUCUCCUUGGCCUCCUGCAAAAUCUUCCCUGUGCCUCCUGUAGUAUCUCCUGUGUCCUCCCCCUGCAGAAUCUCCUGGUGCCUACCUGUAGUAUCCUCCUGUGCCUCCUGUAA